UGCGUGUUCCGGAGUUUAUUUACUAACUUUGGCACGUCGACGUCAUCACAAACGUUUCGACAUUUUUCAUUUCUCUGGGAUCGAGGACAUGCGGCACGCCAAAAAUAGCCUACAUGAAGCGCUGAGAAAGGAUACCGAUUUUUUUGCUUCAAGGCCAGCAACGAAGAAAAUUCACCCUUGUUUUCACCGCAUGCUGAUGAUACUGCCUGGCGGCGGGACCGGUGUACUUUUUCGGGCUAGGUCUAGCGUUGCUAGAUUUUCUCUAUGGUUAGGGGGUGUUCGAUCUUUUCGGCCGCCAGUCAUUUCGGCCGCCGCGCCAAAUGUAUGGAACGCCAAAGGGACCACCGAAUACACAACAGCCGCUAAUGAGAAGAACGUAGUCAUAGAACAGCUGGAUACGUCAAUAACAAAAAGGAGAAAAUACUUAGGAAGAAUGCAGCCAAAUGAUUUAUACAUCUAAAGCAUUACUAUUCGUUCUUACAUCAGCUUGAUGUUUAAUACGUUUUUAUCAAAAGCUUUAUUUUAACAUAGUAUUAUGGCCCUAUCAAAGCUGUUUAUAAAGGGUCAGAAAAAAAAACAGCAAGAUGCUAUCGCCCACGUUGAGGCAUCAGACAACAUCAAACAUUUUAAGACCAAAAUCCAACAGCAACAUACCAUAUGGACUCUAUGCUCCCUGCCCGAAUAUGGAUUCAACUUUCCUUGUGUAUGUUGCCGCAGCAUAUCAAUCUUUGUCAAAGAUUUAACAGGCAGAGUAACUAUACUAAAAGUUGAGCCAUCAUUCACGGUUAAAGAUGUCAAAAAUGAAUGUUUUUAUGAGACAUCCAUAAAGCCAGACAAUCAACGUUUAAUUUUUGCAGGAAGUCUGUUGGAAAAUAAACGUACUCUGUCAGACUACAACAUAGAGGAUAAGUCCAUUAUCCAUUUGAUUCUUCGUUUGAGGGGCGGCGGUGGCCUGCUGGUCUGUGUCAAAACCUCCACUGGCAAUUACAUCACCCUGACAGUUCCGCAUUUAGCCACUAUUGAAGAAGUAAAGGUUGCAUUUCAAGCAAAGGAAGGCGUCCCGCCUGGUCAGCAACGUUUGGUAUUUAAGGGAAUGCAGUUGGAAAAUGGACGUACUCUAUCUGACUACGAUAUAAAAAUGGGAUCUACUCUCUAUAAUGAGCUUUCUGGCAUGCACAUUUUUGUCAAAAUCAUUACUCGCAAAACCAUUACUUUAGAAGUUAUGCACUCAACCACAUUUGGAGAUGUGAAAGCUGCAAUUCAAGACAAGGAAGGCAUACCUCCGGAUCAGCAACGUUUGAUAUUUGCAGGAAGAUUGUUCGAAUCACAACGUACCCUGUCCAGCUGCAUGGUAGAACCGGGGUCCACUAUCCAUCUUGUGCAGCGUCCACGUGGCUUCAUUACUGUCUUCAUCAAAACCUGGACUGGCAAGACAGUGACCGCAGAGAUUGAGCUAACCUCCACUAUCAAAAAUUUAAAAGCUGACAUUGAAGACAAGGAAGGCUUCCCUUUAGAUCAGCAUUGUUUGACCUUUGCAGGAAAGCAGUUGGAAGAUGGACAUACAUUGUCCGACUACAUACAAAAGGAGUCUACUUUACGUCUUGAGUUUAUUCCCCCUAUGAUGCAAAUCUCUGCCGAAUGUCUAUGCUCCCUGCCCGAAUAUGGAUUCAACUGUCCUUGUGUACGUUGCCGCAGCAUGACAAUCUUUGUCAAAGAUACUUCAGGCAUAGCAACUGCCCUAAAAGUUGAGCCAUCAUACACUAUUAGAGAUGUCAAAUAUGAAUAUUUUUAUGAGAAAUCCGUAAGUCCAAGCUUUCAAUGUUUGAUUUUGAAAGGAGUGUUGAAAAAUAAACAUACUCUGUCCUACUACAACAUACAGGAUAAGUCCAUAAUCCAUUUGGGUGCUUGUAUGAGGAGCAAUGUUGUGGGCCUGCAGAUCAUUGUCAAAACCUCCACUGGCAAUUUCGUCACCCUGGGAGUUGAGCCGUUAGCCACUAUUGAAAGUAUAAAGGUUGCAAUUCAAGAAGAGGAAGGCAUCCCUCCUGGUCAGCAACGUUUGGUAUUUAAAGGAAUGCAGUUGGAAGAUGGACGCACUUUAUUCGACUACAAUAUAGAUAAUGGAUCCAUUCUCCUUAAUGAGCUUUCUGGCAGCAUGCAAAUCUUUGUCAGAACCAUCACUGGCAAAACCAUUACUUUAGAGGUUAUGCACUCAACCACAUUUGAAAAUGUGAAAGCCAUAAUUCAAGACAAGGAAGGCAUCCCUCCAGAUCAGCAACGUUUGAUAUUUGCAGGAAGAGUGUUCGAAUCACAAUGUACCCUGUCCAGCUGCAACGUACAAGCAGGGUCGACUAUCUAUCUUGUGCAGCGUCCACAUGCCCUUACGAAAAUAUCCAAUUGAAUUUCCUAUUAGAAAAAUGUAUAGGAUUCAUAUUGUAAUUCUUAUUUCAAUUGCUAUAGGAAAUUCUAUGAGACUCUGUUGGAAAUUGGCCUAAUAUCUUAUAAGAUCUUAUAAGACUUUUUAUUGGAAAUUUUAAAGACCCAAUAAGAAUUCUCAUUACAAAAUUUACUAGAACAUAUAGGAAUCUUAAAUAUAUUUCUAUUAGGAUUUGCAAGAUCCAAUAAGAAUUCUUAGUACAAUAUACUGUAUAUAUAGGAAUUUUAAAUAUAUCUCUAUUAGGAAUUGCCAUAGAUUCAAUAAGAAUUCGUAUUAAAAUAUUUAUUAGAUCAUAUAGGAAUUUCAAAUAUAUUUUUAUUAGGAAUUGCUAUAAGAUCCAAUAAGAAUUCUUAUUACAAUAUUUAAUAGAUCAUAUAGGAAUUUUAAACACUUCUAUCACGAAUUAUUAGAUCCUAUAAGUAGUGGUGGGCUAUGGUGAUAUUUCAAAUACCAUAUGUACAGGUCUUAAAUGAAGUGGCUUAUUGUUCUGAGCAUUUUGACACCUUUUUUAAGAAAAUCGGUUGAAAAUGGGACAAUGCGGACUGCCCAAAAAACAAAAUUAAGGGGGUGGGAGAAAAGGACCCCUUCGAUGGUUAAAAUACAUGAAAAGGGUCUUU